UGCGGGCCCGGCGGGGAGCGGGCACGGACGGACCCGCACCUCGGCCCACAGCCCCGCAGCCGGCAAAGAGCAGCGAUGCUGAUGCUGGACUGCAAUUCAGAGUGUGGUAGUUUCAGCAACCUGUUUGAGACAGGAACCGGUGUGAAUGCACCUGCAGAUGCCUCUGGUCAGUCUCCAGCUCACUUGGCUGCUUGUGGUGGCGAAGCUUUUUUCCUACUUUGGCAACUGCAGACAGGAGCGAAUUUGAACCAACAGGACUGCCUUGGAGAAGCCCCGAUACAUAAAGCAGCAAAAGCUGGGAGUUUGGAAUGUCUUGCUCUCCUUGUUGCUGGUGAUGCUAAAAUUGACUUGUGCAACAACAGCGGACAGACAGCAGCAGACCUUGCACUGGAUUAUGGCUUUCUGGAAUGUGCCAAGUUCCUCAGGACAAUUGAGCACACUCAGACAAUGAAGCUGAGAGGACAGUCUGGAUACUCACUAAGUGACAGACAUGGCUUGCAGAGAGAGAAUCCAACUGCACACAAACAAGAAAGUGAAGCCAUCAGAUCCAUAAACAGAAAAAGGAGAAGAUCAGAUGAUCUUGUCUCCUAGCUGCUAGAAGAAACAGCUUGCAAUCCCAAUAUGAAAUAAGGGAAAUCUGAAGUCUGAGGAACCAUGACUGGAUGAUAAACUGAGCAGUCAGAUGUGUGUGCUGGGACAUUGUCUCCUUCUGAGAAGGAGGAAAGCUUGUUUAUUGUUACUUCUUACAGAAGAAUGUUGUGAGGUUUUUUUUUUCUCCCCUGGAAUACUUGUAUUCGUGCAGCUAUAAAUAAAUGAGCAUGGAAAAAUGAA